CCUGUCUUUGGAAUUGCAGUCGUGUUCUCUCCUUUGGGUGCUUUCCUAUUCAAAAACUCCUUCAGACACGUAUUCAGUGUCUCACUUUGUCUCUCUUUUUUUAUCUUUUUCAUUCUUUCAUUACUUUUGAGAAAUUUUUGCAUCUUAUUUGAAAUAUGGUAAAGAUGCUUUCCUACCCAGCUUGGGUAGCAUCUCUACUGGCAUUGCCUCUUUACACGCUUGCAGCAAGCACUGAUGAAUGGAAAUCUCGCACCAUCUAUCAAGCACUGACGGACCGUAUUGCCGGGGGUGUAAAUGCCUGUGGUGAUCUCGGCGAAUAUUGUGGAGGCACCUGGAGCGGUCUUUCAUCAAAGUUGGAUUAUAUCCAAGGAAUGGGUUUCAAUGCCAUCUGGAUUAGUCCCAUUGUGGACAACCACCCCGCAGGCUACCACGGUUACUGGACCCAAGAUUUGAAUUCAAUCAAUAGUAACUUCGGCAGCCAGGCAGACCUGGAAGACCUUGUUCAGAAUGCACACAACAGGGGCAUGUUCGUUAUGAUCGACACCGUGGUAAAUGACAUGGGCUCACCUUACUCCGAAAACUCGCCCUCUCUUUUGAGCCAGGACAGCUCCUACCACCAAUAUUGCUUGACCGCGCCCAACGACGACAACCAGACCCAAGUCGAAGACUGCUGGCUUGCAAACAACCUCCCCGACCUCGUCACUACAAAUUCACAGAUCCGUAGCACCUUCCAAACCUGGGUGAAGGGGACCAUGGCCACGUACGAGAUUGACGGGCUGCGUAUUGAUGCUGCCAACCACGUGGAAAUGGACUACUGGACCGACUUCCUCAGUGCUGCCGGCAACCCCUAUGCUGAUCCCACUACUCUUGGUACUUUCAUCGACAACCACGACAACCCGCGCUUUUUGAAUCAACAGCCCGAUACAUCCUUGCUGAAAAGCGCCCUCGCUUAUGUCGUUCUCGGCCGCGGCAUUCCCAUCAUCUACUAUGGCACCGAGCAGGGUUUCAAUGGUGGUGCCAACCCUGCCAACCGCGAGGAUCUCUGGCCCACUGGAUACCCUACCAACGGCGACAUCUACCAGCACAUUUCCAAACUCACCUAUGCUAGGAAUAGUUUGGGUGGUCUUCCUAACAAUGACCACGUCCAUCUUUACAACACUGACACGGUCUAUGCUUGGAGCCGUGCCAAUGGCAAAUUGAUUGUUCUCACCUCCAACCAGGGUAGCUCCUACAGCGGCUCCACCUGCUUUAACACCAACAUGCCCCAGGGCACUAACUACCAAAGUGUCUUUGACAGCAACACUUACCAGGUUCAAAGCGGCGGCACCAUUUGUGUCAGCCUCUAUGAGGGCCUGCCAGAAGCCUUGCUGCAACAGUAA